AUGACAGUGACAAUUUGUAGUUGAAAAUAUUUAUUUAAAGCUUAUGUCUAAGAAAAUAAAUAAAAAGAGCAAAGGACUUAGGUCAGAUUUUAAUUCAACUAGUUCUUUUCGAGCUGUAAAAUCACGGAAAAGCUUGCCAUAUGUUGAUGAACCUGUCAAGUUUUUAAGUACUACAUCUAUUCCCCUACAUCAAGAUAAUGAUGCAUAUUUAUCUGAAGAUCUCCUAGUUCCUCCUACAAGUCCCAGAGAUCUUAUAUCCGAUUGCGAAGUGACUCCAGUUCCGCGAAACUUACCAAGAAUCACUACAAUUCCGUGGGUUCGAGAAAUCGGUGUAAAAGAAACAAUAAAAAAAUUAUCAGAUGUAUAUGGAUGCGAACAGUUUAAUUGGAAUCUAAUACAAUUUUGGUUUCUUGAUUUCGUCACCGAUUGUCUAUGGAGACUUCAAGAUGAGUAUCAAUUUCCAGAAAAUUAUCAAAAAGUGAUUUUAGAUUGGAUACUUUAUGUAUUCAACUUAAUAAGAGCAACGGAUCUCGACCUUACACGACAACAAAUAAUUAAAAUAUUCGGGGAAGCUAUAUCCGCAGCUGAACGUUUUAUAGAAAAUGGGGCCGCAUUAAUUCCUCACCCAGAAGAGCUUUUUGAGUUGAAAGUGGACGAUCUAGCGCAACCUGUCACUAUUGGAAGUCCACAAAUGGCCUCAGAUACGGAAUCUGUAUCCAGAAGUUGUUCUCUUUCUAUCUCUUCGGAUGAAGAUGUACCACAAAAUGAGAACAGUUAUUUAGCAAUUGAAUGUAAAGAUGGACUUAAAUUCUAUGAUCUACCUCCGAAAUUGUGUCCGUGGGAUACGGACGAGGAUUGUCUAAGUUCUUCAAUUGAAACUGCAUCCGAAGAUGAAAUGAUAUUGGUGAAAAAAGAAUCGAUUAACGCAACUGUUGAAGAAGAAGAGAAUGCUGAUCUUAUGUAUGAAGAUUUCUAUAAACCAGACUUGCGCACUCCCCCUAGGUUCAAAGCUUCGUCAGAAUCGAUAUUUGAUGAUAUAUCGUCUAUUUCCAAUUCAUACGAAAGCUGUAGUGUAGAAGUUGAAGAAGAACAAAAAGCUGCUACUUUCGCUCCCAAUUGGUUUAUUGCUAAACGAAAAUAUCCCGAUGUUCCAUGCCCCAGUAAGAUAUUCGAAAUUCAGAGCGAAGGAAAUAUCGAGGUAGACGAAAAGAAAAAAGAAGAGGAAGUAUUGCAGAGUUGGUUCGAUUACCAUCUAUGGCAAUUACGUAAAGCAGAUAUGGAUGAUCCAAAGAUUGGUUGGCUGUCACUUUCCGAUGUCGAAUUUGAAUCCGUAGAACCAAUAUCGUUUUUCGAUUCUGCAACUGAAUUAGCUCAAAAAAAACUCUUCGAUUAUCUUAUGGAAUCGAAAGACAGGAUGAAAGAAGCAAGAAAAAAUUAUUUUAUCAACUCAUGCGCACUGAUGGCCAUCAAGCAAAUUGUUCGUGAGUAUUUUUUUGGUACAUUUCAAUUUUCGCUAUUGAAAACGGCCUACAGAUAUCCACAGUAUUUGAUAACUCAAGAACUGAAUAGAAUAUGGUAUAUACCAAAGAAAUUUAAAGGAGAAAUCAAGAGGCCAAAACCCAGGAAACCGAAAAAAGAGAAAGUGAAAAAAGAGAAGAAACCCAAAAAAGAGAAAGGAUCAAAAAAGAGUAGUAAAAGUUCCAAAAAAAGUUCGAAAAAGAGUAAAUCCUCCAAGGAUUCAAAAAAGAGCAAAUCCUCUAAGGAAUCUAAGAAGAGCAAGAAAGGUGGAAAAGCGAAAGAGAAAAAACCGGGACUUACCAAACAAGAAAAAGCGGAAAUGGCAAGGCUUCAAGCUGAAAUGAAAUUAAGAGAGGAGAUGGAACGAAAAGCGGAGGAAAAUAAAUUGUUUGUGUUUCCUCUCACGGAUGCGGCAGAAGAUAGUUUUUUCGAGAAUAUAUUCACGAAUUGGGUGAAACCUAAAAAAGCCAAAGAUGGCAAGAAAGCAAAAGUUGAUACGAAGACAAAGAAGAAAUCUAAAAAGUAG